AUGAAAAUCGCCUUCUUUCUUUUCACCAAAGAGACUGGAAAUACACCACAAAAAAUCUCAGCCACUAAUACAUCAACUAUAGAAACGUCUUACUUCUCCCCAUCAAGGAAAACUGCUUUUAUUAUCCAUGGAUAUACCAGCACAGGAAGGCAUGGCUGGGUUGUGGAGAUGUGUUUGCUGCUGGCAAAUGUGGAAAAUAUAAACUGUAUUGCUGUAGAUUGGGAAGAAGGAGCAAAAUGCACAUAUUUCAUUGCGGCAAGCAACUCUCGUGUAUUGGGGGCAGAGGUAGCUUAUCUUGUCAAUACUUUCACGAAAAUGUACAAAUACUGCCCUUCAGAAGUCCACCUGAUUGGUCACAGUCUUGGUGCUCAUACUGCUGGAGAAGCAGGACGACGACUUCGAGGUGCUGGCCAAAAAUUUCCAGGCAUCGGUAGAAUAACUGGCUUGGACCCAGCUGCAUUCUGUUUUCAAGGUAUGCCUAUUAUGGUCAGGUUGGAUCCUUCUGAUGCUGAAUUUGUUGAUAUCAUACACAGCAAUGGUGGCCAGUCACUCGCUAUAGGAUUAGGAAUGCAAAAUGCUACUGGUGAUCUUGACUUUUACCCCAAUGGCGGAACUACUAUGCCGGGAUGUAAUGAUCUCAUUUUAGAAAAGAAAGAAGAUGAACUUGAAACAUUUCUGCAAGUUACUCGUGGUAUUGGAACUUGCCACCACUCAAGAAGCCAUCAGUACUUCAAGUACAGUAUUCUCUGUCCUGAUGGAUUUGUCAGCUAUCCAUGUGAAUCAUUUGAAUCUUUCAAGGAGGGGAAAUGUUUUCCAUGUCCCAAAGAAGGCUGCCCCAUGAUGGGUUAUUAUGCUGAUCGGUUCCAUGAUAAACUGAAGAAGGACAAUCCAAAGUACUUUUUAAUCACAGGACCUGUGGAGCCAUUUUGCAGCUGGAGGUAUAAUGUAUCUGUCAAGUUAUCUGGAACUACAAGGGGAGAUAUUAACAUAGUUUUUUCUGGCAAAGAGGGAAAUGCAAAGAAAUACCAAAUUGCAAGUGGCCACCUUCAGCAUGGACGGAUAUAUUCAAAGCUCAUUGAUACAGAAAUUAAUCCUGCCAAUGCAGCAAGAGUUGCGUUUCUUUGGCAUAAGAGGUUCUUAACGUUACUUUGGACUAAGCUGGGAGCAGUAAAAGUCAACUUAAUUCGUGGUCAGGAUGGGCAUGAGACUCUCUUUUGUGGCAAGGGGAGAGUAACAUUUGGAGUUCCUCAAACUCUCACACCUUGUUGA